AUGCACCAGAGCCUGAAGCUUCCAACCAUUGUCACAAUGGAAGGACCGAUCACAUGCAUCUACAAAGCAAUCAGGAGAUCAAGGAGGACCUACUGGUGCUUGAAAUUCAUCCCCUUCAAGUGCCACGCAUUGGUUCAGCAGAAACAACAGCUUCAAGAUCAUGCGACCACCACCGAUCAAGGUUGGAAGCUUCAAGGGAGAUCACAAGAGCCACCGGAGUCGCAACUCGUCAGAAGACAUCUCCCUGGAGCUCUACUCGCCGCAGGCCAAGGCCGGAAAUUCUUUGGAGUUCGAGGAGCUCAGUUUGAGCUCCAAAGAAGCCAAAAAGGAAAAAAGAUCUCGUUUUGCCAACAGCAGUUGCAGCCGCCUCCGCCGCCGCUGUACGUGGAGACCUACAGAUCCCACAGCGGGUCCGUUGGGCCGGUGAUCGCCGUGCUGGCGGUGAUCAUGGUGCUGGGGGUGAUCGCGGGGAUCGUGGGGCGGCUGUGCUCCGGCCGGACCAUCAUGGGGUACGGGCACUACGACCUGGAGGGGUGGUUCGAGCGGAGAUGCGCCCCUUGCAUCGACGGUAGGCUGGAGGCGCCCACGCCGCGGCCGAGGGCUCCCGGGACCGGUGGCGGUGCAGCAGCCGAAGCAGGCGGAGCGGCGGGGCCUGAGACCCCAGCUGAGGGCCGUGGAAUCGUGAACUAAGACAGUGGCAGUCUACUAAAGCUUUCCAUGUUCAAAAAAGUCACUUUUUCCCCCUUUUUUUUCUCUUUACUAUUUUUUUUUUGUGCUAUUUUCUUCAGUAUUCUUAUCAAUAG